AUGGGUUACCACGCAGAGUACUCUGAGUUCAGUGCUCAGGCCGACAAAAAGGAGCUUUUGCAACAAGUUGUGGAUUCUUAUAAAAGUCUCAGUGAGGGACAAACUAACUGGGUUUGUAACUUGGCCAAUUGUAGCUCAUUGCUGUGGCAUUGCUACAACGAAGGACUUUCCAAACGAGUCAAUUGGGCAGGUUUCUAUGUACUCGAUCCGGAAAGCCAAGAUCAACUUAUUCUUGGACCAUUCAUGGGUAAGGUCGCAUGCCAGACGAUCAAGAUUGGACGUGGUGUAUGCGGCACUGCGGCAAGCACGCAAAAAACCCAGCUGGUUGAGGAUGUUGAGCAAUUUCCUGGACAUAUAGCCUGCGAUGGGGAGACCAAGAGCGAGAUCGUGGUUCCCAUUGUGGUUGAUGGACAGGUUGUUGGCGUUUUGGAUAUCGAUUGUUUGGAAUUGAACGGGUUCGACAAGGACGAUCAAAAAUAUCUCGAAUCAUUGUGUCAAGCAAUUGGCGAAACAUGCAGCUGGAAAAAUUAA